ACUCCACCCCGCCCCCCGGAGUCGUUUUAUCAGGGGCGCCGCCGUCUCACCUGGUAUUUGCAUCUCGCCCUCCAACUUGCCAUUGGCGGCGCGACGUGUGGGAGAGCCCUGCGCCUCGCCCGCCCGGACCAGCCUGCCCCGGCGCCGAGGUCACUCCUGCGGUUUGCCCAGCCCAGCAUGCAGCCUUGAACCUGGCCUAGGCCACCACCUACUCCAGCUCUCCACACCCCCUAUUUUACUGUGGCUCGGGGUAUAGGCUCUAAGCUCCAAGGUACCUGAGCAGCAUUUCUUCGUCAAGGAUACCCCCUGCAGCUCCAGAGGGCCCUGCGAAUCCUGCUGUCAGCUCUCUGAGGAGACAGCAUGGCUAUUACCUUGCAGCCCAGUGACCUGAUCUUUGAGUUUGCAAGCAACGGGAUGGAUGAUAUCCACCAGCUGGAAGACCCCUCAGUGUUCCCAGCUGUGAUCGUGGAGCAGGUGCCCUACCCCGAAUUACUGCAUCUGUACUCAGGACUGGAGCUAGACGACGUUCACAAUGGCAUCAUAACAGAUGGAACCUUGUGCAUGACACAGGAUCAGAUCCUGGAGGGCAGUAUUUUGCUGGCAGAUGACAAUGAAGCAACCUCACAAACCAUGUCAACCACUGAAGUCUUGCUCAAUGUCGAGUCUCCCAACGACAUCCUGGACGAGAAGCAGAUCUUCAGCGCCUCCGCCUCCGAGAUGCUUCCAGACUCAGACCCUGCUCCGGCUGCCACUCUGCCCAACUACCUGUUUCCUGUCUCUGAGCCUGAUGCCCUGAACAGGGCAGGUGACACUGAUGACCAGGAGGGGCGUAGUCUGGAGGAGACGGUCCCCAGAGAGGAAGGUGCCAAGAAGACUGGAAAAUCAAAGAAGAGAAUUCGGAAGACCAAGGGCAACCGCAGUACCUCACCAGUCACUGACCCCAGCAUCCCCAUACGGAAGAAGUCUAAGGAUGGCAAAGGCAGCACCAUCUAUCUCUGGGAGUUCCUCCUAGCGCUUCUGCAAGACAGGAACACCUGCCCCAAAUACAUCAAGUGGACCCAGCGAGAGAAAGGCAUCUUCAAGCUGGUGGACUCCAAAGCUGUGUCCAAGCUGUGGGGGAAGCAGAAAAACAAGCCUGACAUGAACUAUGAGACAAUGGGGCGGGCACUAAGAUAUUACUACCAGAGAGGCAUCCUUGCCAAAGUGGAAGGGCAGAGGCUGGUGUACCAGUUUAAGGAGAUGCCCAAGGACCUGGUGGUGAUUGAAGAUGAUGAGGAGAGAAGUGAAGUCACGGCGGCCUCCCCUCAGGCCUCCACUCCCUCCACGUCCUCCACCAGCACCACCCGCCGAGCCAGCUCCAGGGUCUCCGCCAGAGCUGCUCCCCAGGCCAAGGGAGGCCCUUCCUGGGAAAAGCCAAAGGUUCAGAAUGUUGGCUUACAGCCAUCUGCGAAUCUGGAACUGGGACUGUCUGUAGAUGAGGAGACCCCCACUACCUCCAGUGUGCUUGCCUCUCUACCGGAGAGCCAGCCCAAACUCGCCAAAACCGUGAGUACUUCAGUGCCCAGCAACAUCCACCUAGGAGUGGCCCCAGUGGGGUCAGGCUCAGCCUUGACCCUGCAGACAAUUCCACUGACCACAGUGCUGACCAACGGGCCUCCUGCCAGUACUACUGCCUCAACCCAGCUUGUCCUCCAGAGCGUUCCGCCUGCUUCGACCUUCAAGGACACCUUCACUUUGCAGGCCUCCUUCCCCCUGAACACCAGUUUCCAAGAAAGUCAGGUGGCAGCACCGGGGGCUCCGCUGAUUCUUAGUGGUCUCCCCCAGCUUCUGACCGGGGCCAACCGUCCGACCAACCCGGUGCCAUCCUCCGUCACCGGGGCCGGACCAGCUGGGCCCAGCUCUCAGCCUCCUGGGACUGUCAUUGCUGCCUUCAUCAGGACUUCCGGUGCCACGGCAGCCUCUGGGGGCAAGGAGGGGCCGCUGAGGCCCUCCUCGUACAUGCAGGGGAUGGUAACUGGGGCCCCCAUGGAGGGGUUGCUGGUUCCUGAAGAGACCCUGAGGGAGCUCCUGAGGGAUCGGGCUCACCUUCAGCCACUUCCAACCCAGGUGGUUUCAAGGGGUUCCCACAAUCCGAGCCUUCUGGGGAACCAGACUUUCUCUUCUCCCAGCUGCCCCACUGUUGGGCUGACCCCAGUGGCUGAACUUGAGCUCUCCUCAGGCUCAGGGUCCCUGUUCAUGACUGAGCCUGGCGUGACCACAUCUGGGAACCUGCUGACCAGAUCCCCGACCCCAGCCCCCUUCUCCCCAUUCAACCCCACUUCUCUUAUUAAGAUGGAGCCCCAUGACCUGUAAGCAAAGGGGUUGAGGGCAGUAUGCCUCACCAGGCAAAGUUGAGCAGCAUUUUUAUAUGGACUUUCUAUAGCAGAGACUGAAGCAGCACACCUGCCCUUCUUUUCCCAUGGGAUCUCAGUCCGCCGGAUCCCCUGUCCCCGACCCCUGCCCGGUGUCACCAUGGCCCAGCCAUGCCCAGCUGGGGCACCCCUGGUGUCAGACCAUGGCCUUCAAGAGCACUAGGGGAUAUGCUCUUGUCAGGGUAAUGGGCUGACUUGGUGAUGGAGGGAGAACCUCCUGAGAAGUUUGUGGCCAGGGCCGAUGCAGGGGCUCCGAGGGGAACCUCCUAUCCCAUAUGUGAAUAUCUCUGUAUGUAUUUGUGUGUACUCGUGGGUCUGUAUCUCUGUUUCUUUGGGAGGAUGGGGGUGUAGCUGUGAGAUCUUCGAGGGUGUGUGUCUCCAUGGGUCAGCUGCAGAGAUGGGGAUUUGGUUUGAAGAGAAAGCAUUCUCUAGUUCCCUUUGUACAAACCAUUCAGUUGCUCUGAGGCUACAGGGUACAGGCUGGAUCCCCCCAACUGGGUGAGAUGUCACAGAGCCGGAGCAGGUCCAGGGUAGGAGAAUUUCAGUGGGCAUGUGUGCUGGGGAAGAUGGCGUUCAAAGGGACAAGGGCCUGGGCCGUAAUACCAGCCUAUCCCCCCGAGCCGGGGAUCUCUCCCGGUCCGUGUUGCCCCACUAGCUCCCUGCUGUCUGGCCUGGCUGGGGUAGUCGUGUAGCGAUGCACACCAGGGCUGCUUCCCUUGGUGCUCGUGCGUGCCUGCUGUUCAGCCUGCCUCCUACUCACCUUGUAGGUUUGCCAACCCACCCACCUACACGAUGGCUCCCGCAGAUCUCAAGUGGACCGUUGGCCCUCAUCCCCAACUUUCGCACCUAGCCCUGACUCUUACGCCAAGAAGACAGGAGCCAGCGGAUGUGAGCGCCCCUGCCACUUCUCCUGUCUCUGCCUGGCUCCUUGCUUCUCUCUUUCCUCCUCCUGAGGAAGCAUCAGCCGAUCCUCUCUUAAGUGAACCUCUCUCUGCUUAAGCCCUCCUUCCCCUUUGAGUUAGCUCACCUCUCUCAAGCCAAAUUUGGGGGUAAGGCUAAGAGCUAGGACACAUCAGCCUCAGAAACAAUUCUGUUAUCUGGUGAAUCUGGUUAGUGUGAAUUGGUGCCUCGGGCCCUUAGCUAUGUCCUCAGUAAAAAAAAAAAAAAAAAAAAAAAAAAAAAAAAAAAAAACCACUUGACCUAACCACCUCCCCAGAUUUUUCUCUCUCUUCUUCGGGUCACUGCCAAGCCUCUGAAGUCUUCUCCUACCCUCUUCUUGUUCUUCCCCUUUCCCUCCUUGGGAAGGAACCAUUUAUGGGCAUGCAGGUGCAUUUAUCACCUGUCUCCAGCACUUGGUAUCAAAACGCUUUUUUCUAAUAUAAUCAGUUUAUCAAGACAAAUUGCUGAUGGUGGAAAGUGAAACAUCCCACAAGAGUCACCUGUAAAAAAUUUGCACGAUGGUGCUGCAUGGGUUAGGGGUGGCCCUGCCUCCCCCAAUUCCACAGAACUCAUCAGCUGAAGGUCAUUGAUACCCUCACAGUGACGUCAGAUGUCUUCUUCACGGUUCUGGGUCCCCAUGAGCCUUCUCGGCUCAUGACACUACUUACUACCCCCUCCCGCACUAGCUGGGCUCUUGUGCUUCCCCCGCUGCCUGCUCUGCUCCCUGUGCCUGGGCUGGCUCCAUGUCUGCCACCUGCCACCGUGAAUGUGGGUGCGCCCCCCCCCCCAAGGGUUUCACCCGUUCUCCUGGCUCUAGCUUGGCUCUUUGGGAAUGGGUCUGGAGUUGAGAGCAGCAGCCCCUACUACUGUCCUCGGCUCCUGCCUGCUGGACAUUUCCAUCCAGACGCCUGUCGUGCCCCAAAGCCAGCCCCUCUAUCAGAAAUGAAUUGUGAAGUCUUUAUAUACAUCCUGGACUUUAUUUUUUUUAAGAUUUUAUUUAUUCACGAGAGACAAAGAGACAGGCAAAGGCAUGGGCAGAGGGAGAAGCAAGCUCCAAUGCAGGGAGCCCAAUGUGGGACUCGAUCCCCGGACCCCAGGAUCACACCUUGAGCCGAAGACAGACGCUCAACAGCUGAGCCACCCAGGCGUCCUUACAUACUGGACUUUAGAGUCUUUCCUUACACACACACACACACACACACACACACACACACACACACACACACCACCUUUCCCCUCAAAAAGCCAAAGGAAAAGCUUUCAUGACUUGCCUACUUCUAUGAAUCAUACCACCAUUUUCCUGACCUUCUAAGCUUGACAUUUCAGAGCCAUCUGAUGGCCGCCUUCGUGUGACCCUGUCCCCUCCCCCGGCUCCUGAAGUCAGACUGUUUGCCACAUCUCUGACAUCUAGCCUUUCUUCCACAUUCCCAGAGCCUCCAACCUGGCUCACACCCGGAGCUCGUCCCCGCUCCCAGACACAUCACCACGCCCCGCACCGUGACCUGUCUCACCCCCUCCAAUCUGCCAGGGCACCAGCUCUGUUCUUUUCUCUGCUAAAAAGCCUCCGGUGGCGCCCCAUAGCCCCAUAGCCCAUUGGUGGAGGUGAUGCUCAAGAUAGGGAGCUGCCAGGCUGUUCUGGGCAGCUGGGCAUUAACCCCGUAUUUGCUGAAUCUCGAUGCAGUCCAGGGGUCUGGGAGGAGGGCUCAAGGCUUUCAUUUCAAGUCGUUGACCUGACAAGGCCCUUCCCCAUGAAGUCCCCUGUCAUCUCUCACUUCGUUUCCCUGACCCCCAAAGUCGUGCUUCAGUCAGAGUCAGGGAUUUGCUGUCCUCCGAGCGGGCCUCUGUUCCAAGUUUCUCACUUUUGUGGUUUCGCUUUACUUGGUUAUGCUCGACCAGGAUGCUCCUCACACCUUGCUGGUACCGAUUCAAUCAUAUCCAUCCUCUAAGACUGUGGAAGCUGCUUCCCCAGACCAGCCUACCCUUACGUGAAGUCUUUUGUUUUAGAUUUGUGGCAAAUUGCCACUCUUUUGGCAACUGAUCAAGAACAGCCUGUGACAUCUCCUGUGUUAAGAUCACAAACUGUUACUUAAAUCUUCAUGACCUGGACCUAUUUUGUCUCCGCAGUUAGUGUGUUACCUUCUGAGGGCAGGGGGGGCUGUAUCACCCGCAGAGCAGGGCGCACUAUGAAGCAUCUAGUGAGCACCAGCAGAUAUCAUGGGUUGAACUAAGCUGGUGAGAGAAGGGGACCAAAGUCUGAGGCUGGUGACCUCUGUCUGACCUUCCCUCUGCAUAGACACUCACUCUAGGUGCUCCACUGCCCAGGGCCAGGCCUCCCUGGCUCAGUGCCCUCAUAGUAUCCUCACUCCCACCCCCCAGCCUGGCACCCAAGAGUUGUUACUACUUUGAACAUCCCCUGCCCCUAAAGAAACUUCCCUGUCCAGUUUCUUUCCUAAUUCAAAGUGUUAAAUUAGCUAAUCUGGUCAACUAACCUGUGCUGAUCAAGUUAUGGGAGAGGGCUGGAGGAGACCCUCAGGAGACAGGUGCAUUUGCACCAGAGCCACAGGGCAACAACAUCCUUGCCUUUGUGAUGGUGUGUAAUGGAGUCAGGAGACACACUCCUCACCUGCUAGCAGCCGAUGUAUUACUCUUCCUCUGGGCUCCCACAGCACUUUGUGUAUACCUCUUAUUGUAGCACUUAGCACAUGGUAGCUCCUUAGCUAUGUGUUUAUGUACGUUUCCCCUCCAAUAGACUGUGAGCUCCUCAAGGACAGGGACUGUGUGUUAGUCACUGAUGUAUCCCCAGCGCCUAGCACAGUGCCUGGCACACAGUAGGUGCUCAAUAAAUGUUUAUUG